AUACCUAUAAAUAGCACAUAAAUUCCCAAAUUUGCCAAAUCACUGUUUUGCUUCAGAAAGAGAACUUAAAACCAUUAUUCUCCAAAAAAAAAUAAAAAAAAUAAAGAGAUGGAAUUUCCGCAUCUAGGAAAGCAUUGUCAUCAGAAAGACUGUAAACAAUUAGAUUUCCUUCCAAUGAAAUGUGAUGCCUGUUCUGAGAUAUUUUGCAAUGACCACAUUCACUACAACACACAUUCCUGUCCAGAUUCUUACAAGAAGGAUAAUCAAGUACCAGUGUGCCCGCUAUGUAACAAGCCUAUACCACUAAGGAAAGGGGAGGUACCAGAUAUGGUGGUAGGACGUCAUAUAGAUAGUGAUUGUCAGUCAGAUCCUGCUAAAGAGAGGAGAAAGGUAUAUACAAACAAGUGUUCGAUGAAGGGUUGUAAAGUGAAAGAAUUGAUUCCAGUGAAGUGUGAAAAGUGUCACAAGAACUACUGUCUACGUCAUAGAUUUGAGGAUGACCACAACUGUCAGGGUUUCCAAGGCUCAGGAAAACCAAUGUCCAAUGCUGGUGCUGCUGCCUUAUCCCGCCUUCAGCCUAAAACUCAAUCACAAGCUCCGCCUUCCAAACCAAAACCUGUCAAUCAGCCACCUCAACAGAGGGCACAAAACAGCUUAGCGAGUGGCCUCGGUGGAGAUCUAGACAGACAAAGGCGAGAGAGACAGCAACAAGGCACACAGAGUCUACGAGCUGCUCAAGCAGGUUUGUCUGAAGAGGAGGCCAUGGCGCGUGCAAUACAGCAAUCAUUGUCCGAAACUCAGGCCACAAAAACUGCUACCACCAAUCAAAAUUUAAGCCAGGAAGACGAGGACCUGUUACUUGCUCAAGCUUUGGCAGCUAGUGAGGAGGAGGCACGUAGACAAACUAACAGACAGCAGGUCAACACAAUUGUGAUUGCAUGAGAGAUCAAGGAAUUAUGAGAGCAUGCUGAUAGGAGUUUGAAAGAUGCAAGUUUCAGUGUCCGAAAGUUAAAAGAAUACACAAUUAAACAUGGUCAGCAAAGAAGAAUGAACUGAAAACACAGUUGUAAAGACUAUAAAUAGAACUAUGACUGAACGUAUCUUCUUUUUGUAGAGAGUACAGACACAGGAGUCCCAAAACAAAAGAAGCUGUCAAGUUUCCUGACGAUAUUGGAAGAGGAAGAAUUCUACAGCUUUAAUUGAACUGUGUUACAUGACUGUACAUUAUUGUGUUUGCCAUAAAAGAUUCGCACAGUCAUUACAGAGGCUACAAACAUGAUUUUAUGUCACUUUUCAAACAGGAUAGUGGAUUUUAAAGCAAUAUGUUAAGCUUAUAACAGGAUAGUGGAUUUUUAAGCAAUAUUUUGAGCUUUACAAACAUCAGAGGUUUAUGUCACAUAUGUAGGCUGCAAGCAAGCAAGAAAUUUUGGUGUUAUUUAUUUUUUCAAAAAUACAAAUUGGAUGUUCAUUCUUGCGUAUAUAGAAUGUAGUAAUUUUUAAGGUUUUUUUAUGGUUACCAUUCCUCUAGUGGGUUAGGAUUUUCACUAAAGCUACCUUUUCUUGAUGAUAUGUCAAUGUGUGAAAAGCUGUAUUUUGCAUUAUCUGGCAAAUGGCUGAAAGAAAUCAACUUUAAAAUCUGUCAUUUUUGUAUACAUGUAGUAAGAAACUCAAAUAUACCAACUAAGAAAAAGGUUAUUCUUCACUAGGAUGUAAGCUGAUUUUUAGCUCACCUGUCACAAAGUGACAAGGUGAGCUUUUGUGAUCGCGCAGUGUCCGUCGUCUGUGCGUCCGUCAGUGUGCCCGUAAACUUUUCCUUGUGACAUCUCUAGAGGUCACAUUUUCCAUGGGAUCUUUAUGAAAAUGGGUCAGAAUGUUCAUCUUGGUAAAUUCUAGGUCAAGUUCGAAACUGGGUCACGUGCCAUCAAAAACUAGGACAGUAGGUCUAAAAAUAGAAAAACCUUGUGACCUCUCUAGAGGCCAUAAUUUUCAAUGGAUCUUCAUGAAAAUUGGUCAGAAUGUUCACCUUGAUGAUAUCUAGGUCAAGUUCGAAACUGGGUCACGUGCGGUCAAAAACUAGGUCAGUAGAUCUAAAAAUAGAAAAACCUUGUGACCUCUCUAGAGGCCAUAUAUUUCACAAAAUCUUUAUGAAAAUUGGUCAGAAUGUUCACCUUGAUGAUAUCUAGGUCAAGUUCGAAACUGGGUCAUGUGCCAUCAAAAACUAGGUCAGGAGGUCUAAAAAUAGAAAAACCUUGUGACCUCUCUAGAGGCCAUAUAUUUCACAAGAUCUUCAUGAAAAUUGGUCAGAAUGUUCACCUUGAUGAUAUCUAGGUCAAGUUCGAAACUGGGUCACAUGCGGUCAAAAACUAGGUCAGUAGGUCUAAAAAUAGAAAAAAACCUUGUGACUUUUUAGAGGCCAUAUAUUUCACAAGAUCUUCAUGAAAAUUGGUCAGAACGUUCACCUUGAUGAUAUCUAGGUCAAGUUUGAAACUGGGUCACGUGCCAUCAAAACCUAGGUUAGUAGGUCAAAUAAUAGAAAAACCUUGUGACCUCUCUAGAGGCCAUAUAUAUCGUGAAAUCUUCAUGAAAAUUGGUUAGAAUGUUCACCUUGAUGAUAACUAAAUCAAGUUCGAAAAUGAGUCACGUGCCGUCUAAAACUAGGUCAGUAGGUCAAAUAAUAGAAAAACCUUGUGACCUCUCUAGAGGCCAUAUUUUCCAUGGGAUCUGUAUGAAAGUUGGUCUGAAUGUUCAUCUUGAUGAUAUCUAGGCCAAGUUUGAAAGUGGGUCACGUGCCCUCAAAAACUAGGUCAGUAGGUCAAAUAAUAGAAAAACCUUGUGACCUCUCUAAAGGCCAUAUUUUUUAAAUGGAUCUUCAUGAAAGUUGGUCUGAAUGUUCAUCUUGAUGAUAUCUAGGUCAAGUUCGAAACAGGGUCAUGUGCGGUCAAAAACUAGGUCAGUAGGUCUAAAAAUAGAAAAACCUUGUGACCUCUCUAGAGGCCAUACUUGUGAAUGGAUCUCCAUAAAAAUUGGUCAGAAUGUUCAUCUUGAUGAUAUCUAGGUCAAGUUCGAAAGUGGGUCACGUGCCUUGAAAAAGUAGGUCAGUAGGUCAAAUAAUGAAAAAACGUUGUGACUCUAUAGGCCAUAUUUUUCAUGGGAUCUGUAUGAAAGUUGGUCUGAAUGUUUAUCUUGAUGAUAUCUAGGUCAAGUUUGAAACUGGGUCAACUGCGGUCAAAAACUAGGUCAGUAGGUCUUGAAAUAGAAAAACCUUGUGACCUCUAUAGAGGCCAUACCCUUGAAUGGAUCUUCAUGAAAAUUGGUCAGAAUGUUCACCUUGAUGAUGUCUAGUUCAAGUUUGAAACUGGGUCACGUGCCUUAAAAAACUAGGUCAAUAGGUCAAAUAAUAGAAAAACCUUGUGACCUCUCUAGAGACCAUAUUUUUCAAUGGAUCUUCAUGAAAAUUGGUCAGAAUUUUUAUCUUGAUAAUAUAUAGGUCAAGUUCAAAACUGGGUCACAUGAGCUCAAAAACUAGGUCACUAUGUCAAAUAAUAGAAAAAACGACGUCAUACUCAAAACUGGAUCAUGUGGGAAGAGGUGAGCGAUUCAGGACCAUCAUGGUCCUCUUGUUUCCAGUUUGUUGUAAAAUAUUGUGCAAUUAAUUUAUAUUACUAUUUAUAAUCAGGAAUACUUUGAUUUAAUAUAUGUGCAUAUUUUUCAUGUGCGUGGGUAUUAUUUAUUCAUUUUCAUAGUGAUUUUUGAAUAUUUUAUUUCAGCAUUAAACUUCCUUAUAUAUAACUUUUAUACUGAAGUAUAUGGUCAUUUACUCAUUACUGCGAGUGCUGUUAUGACACCACAUAGAAGUGCUUUCGUUAUCUGAAAUCAAUUUGAGCCGCACCAUGAGAAAACCAACAUAGUGGCUUUGCAUCCGCACAGUCUGGUCAGGAUCCAUGCUGUUCGCUAACGGUUUCUCUAAUUGCAGUAGGCUUUGAAAGCGAACAGCAUGGAUCCUGACCAGACUGCGCAGAUGCGCAGGCUGGUCUGGAUCCAUGCUGGUCACUUUCAAAUCCACUAUGUUGGUUUUCUCAUGGUGCGGCUCAUUUAUGAACUGCUCUAAUGACAGAAAAUGUUAGUUCCCUAUCCUCGUUCUCUGUAGGAUAAAAGUAGAACUUUGACCCACUUUUUUGAUGAUUUAUUUGCCAAAAGUAUAUUGCUGAAAGAUAAUUAAAUGUACCAGAUAGUGUUGUUAUAAAUAGAGUUUACUGAAUAUAAGACUCACAGUAAAUAGUAUACCCAGGAUAUAUUUAGAAAAUCCAACCUUACUCCACUACUUAGAUUGGUUUAUGACCUCCGUUCAUGUAAACCUAUUCUUCAUCCUUGGCAAGACCACCAUAUAUCACAGUACUCUGGUAUCAUCCCUCCUUUAAAACUUCAAAACAGAUAAACAUAACUUUAAAAAGCAUAUGAUUAUGAUAGGUAUGUGUUAGUGCCAAUCACACCUGAUUGUUCAAACAAUGCAAAACGCGCAGUUUGAAUUGCUAAUUUUGCAAGCAAGUUCCUUUUUAUUUGGCUGCUCUGAACAGUGUUCAAAAUUACACUUUUUUGGUUGAAAAUUUUCAGAAUUUUUGUAAAUGUAGCCUUUGGAAAAAAUUAUAUUGAACCACCAAAGGCGUUUUUCAGAUAAAUGGGUUUAUAUCAUGCAUAAAACUAAUUAUUAGUAUUUAACCUAGUCACUUGUUUGAGGCCUGAGUUAAAAGUUUUUGACUAAGUAUGUUUGCCUCUCUGAGACACAAGGACAUUGGCCAGUCUUUAGGAACAAUUCACUUAGCUUAUCAUAUUAUUGUAUAAUUUUGAUGGUUGUAGCUCAUUUCUACAGUCUGAAAAGUGUCUGUUUUCGUAUUAGUGUUAUUUAAGUUGGCAGAUUUCUCAUUUUAUGUUUAUCACUUUGUGCCAUCAGCAGAUAUUAACAGUUUCUUGCUUGAUAUUUAUUAUAUUUAAGAUAAAAUUUUGUGACAUAACUUUCUGAAAACAGAAGUAAAGUAAUAACAUGUCAUAAUUUGAUCCAUGAUUCAUAGCAAAAAAUUAAGCCAUUGUUCAUAAGAAAAUUUAAACCAUGGAUUAGAAGGAAAUUUAACCAUGGCUCACAAGGAAAUUUAAAUUAUGACUAAAAGGGAAAUUUAAACUAUGGCUCAUAGGAUGAUUUAAACCAUGGCUCAAAGGGAGAAUUAAGUUAUGACUUAUAGGGAAAUUUAAAUCAUGCCAAAUAAGGAAAAUUGAACCAUGGCUUAAAGGGAGAUAUAAAUUAUGACUAGUAGGGAAAUUUAAAUCAUGCCAAAUAAGGAAAAUUGAACCAUGGCUUAAAGGGAGAUGUAAAUUAUGACUGGUAGGGAAAUUUAAAUCAUGCCAAAUAAGGAAAAUUGAACCAUGGCUUAAAGGGAGAUAUAAAUUAUGACUAGUAGGGAAAUUUAAAUCAUGGCUUAUAGGGAAAUUUAAAUUAUGGCUUAAAGGGAGAUAUAAAUUAUGACUAGUAGGGAAAUUUAAAUCAUGCCAAAUAAGGAAAAUUGAACCAUGGCUUAAAGGGAGAUAUAAAUUAUGACUAGUAGGGAAAUUUAAAUCAUGCCAAAUAAGGAAAAUUGAACCAUGGCUUAAAGGGAGAUAUAAAUUAUGACUAGUAGGGAAAUUUAAACCAUGGCUUAUAGGGAAAUUUAAAUUAUGGCUCAUAGGAAAAUUGAAACCAUGGCUCAAAGGGAGGUUUUAAUCAUAGCUCUUAGGGAAUAUCUCAGCUUUGUUCUAAAUACACCCAUCCAUGACAGACUAUUAUUACCGUUGUAAUCAUCACAAAAUUUGUCAAUAAAAAUGAGUUCCGUUGCCUUUCAGAACUAAACCAACACACUAUCAUGUUCAUUCAUAAGGCUGACCUGUUUGCUCAAAAUAUGGACUUUUAAUUGCUAUAUAUGUAAGUUCUUUGUUGUGUGUACAAUAUAUAUAUAUCAGUGAUGUUUUGGUGGAUAAUUUGCUUCGAGGAAUCUGUGAACACAGAUGAAAAAUCAUUGUGUUUAGUUCGCAAGUAAUGAUGCCUUGCUUUUCAUCCUGCCAUCAAGAUACUUUUAUUUCAAAGGAAACUGUGACUUUCAGAAAGUCACAGUUUCUGUGUGAAGGAAGAGGUUGGGGUCUUAUAUUUUCACAAUGUUAAUCACAGCCAAUUUUUUUUUUUGCUUUUUAAAGCGCAUUACAAACCAGUUUCUAGUAAUUAAAAAUUAAAUCAUAAAUGGAAAAUACUACUGCCUUGCUAUGGUCAAGUGACUUAAUAUUGAUCUUGAAUAACUGUUAGUAAAACAAAAUUAUAUCUUUUGAGGCUAGAUACAUGUUCAACUAAAUUGAAGUAAUUUUCUAGAUAAGAAAAUAAUUGUUGUACUAUUUUAUCUUGUUAUUUUUACAAAUAUUUUAUUAAAAUUUUAUCUCAUCAA